AUGGAAGAAAACUGGAACAGGAGCUGUAACAGUACGUUUCAAAAAGAAGUGUUACCUCCCAUCUACGGUGUGGAGAUGUGUGUGGCGCUGGUGGGGAACAUACUGGCGCUGUGGCUCCUUGUGACUAAGGAGAAGAAGAACUGGCACAUGGGAGUGGUGUUCUCUUGCAACCUGGUCAUCAGUGACAUCUUUUACGCCCUCACUCUGCCCCUUCUUAUCGACUAUUAUUCAAGAGAACGGCAGUGGAUAUUUGGUCAUACUGUCUGCAAAAUAGAGCGCUUUGUCUUCACCUGUAACCUCUACGUCAGCAUUUACUUCAUCAUGUGCAUCAGUGUUCAUCGAUACCUGGCCAUCGUUCAACCAAUCUUCAUGCGCAAACACAUUCGCCCAAAACACGCCAAGAUCAUCAGUGUGUUUGUCUGGAUCUUUGUGGCAAGCAUUUCAUCUCCACUUCUCUACUUUUCAGGUCUCAAUAAGGAGAGAUGUUCCUUAUUUGCAAAUAUAAAUAAUAAAUCAAACCUAAAGUCUACCUACAGGGUGUUUAUGGUUGUUAUAGGCUGCUUUGUCCCAUUUGUACUUACUUUUGCAUCAUAUUUUGGUGUAAUAAUGGCUGUUUUUAAAAAUGCAAAUAUCACCUCAGUCCAGAAGAAAAAAGUGGCUCUGAUUAUUGGAUUAGUCUGUGUCUUGUACACUCUGUCUUUUGUCCCCUAUCACAUUUUACAGAUAGUGAAUUUUAAACUGAGAGAAGAAGGCAAGCCUAAUUGUUAUGUGCGUAAUGGAUACCAAGUGUCAAAGGCAUUAGCUUGUCUGAACAUGUGCCUCAAUCCCAUCCUGUAUAUGGCUGUGUCUGACAGUAUCAGGGCAGUGUGCUGUAGAAGGAGCUCAAAUGUAUCAAACUUACAAAUCACAGUUGGAGAACACUCGUCAAAGAACCUUGAAUUGAAAUCCAGAAACUGAGAUUGCAAACUAUUUUCUUUUCCUUCAAACAUUUGUGUUGAUUUGGAUGUAUGUUUGGGGUCAUUAUCAUAUUGAAAAAUUCAUCUAUGGCCAAAUUUUACCCUUCUGGAAGAGGCAACCAUGUUUUGGGCUAAUAAUGUUACUGUAGUUAGUAAAACUGAUAAUACACUCAACAUUGACAUGUUGUUGAACAGCCCCAAAAGAUUAAUGUUGUGACUCCAUAUUUUAUUUUACAGUGGGUUUGGGGGAUUGUGCUUGUAUGCAGUUGCUAUUGUCACCAAACCUUCAUUUUGGUCAAAUCUAAACUGAUUCCUGUCCUAUAUAUAUUUUUUACUUAGAAAUAAAAAUUUUUAAAAGGUUUAUUAGUGCAUGCUGAGGGAUUUAUUUUAUGUUCUGAAUACAACAGUUUAAUUGUAUUUCUCAACAUCUAGUUUAAGGGAGCAGCAAGAGAAAAAGUUUCUUCUAACUUAUUUAUUAUUUAUUAUUAUUUCAAUUAUUAAUUCAAUUAUCAGUGGUAAAAAAUAAGUGGCACAUUAUACCCAAGAGUUGAAGCACAAAUUUAAGGACUUAUAUAGAGAUGAACACGAUUGUCAUGUUAAAUUGAUAAGCA